ACGAAGGUAGAGUCUCAUUCGAGGUGGUGGUGAUUAGAACAGGGGGAGAAGAGAAGAUGGGUUUCAUAAUGGAAUUCGCGGAGAACUUGAUUUUGAGGCUGAUGGAAGACCCAAAGGAAAGGGAUCGAAGGUUCAGGGAGCACGUUUAUAGAGUGAAGGAUAGGUGCGCGAAGACGAAGGAGAUGUGGAGUUACCCUAUGCGACCCUAUGGGUUCUGGACUUUUGAGCGCCACAAUUCUCAGCUCGCUUGGGAUGCUCAGAUUAGCCAAGUUACUGGUCGGAGAGACCCUUAUGAUGACAUUCUCCAACACUACUCUACCCCACCUAAGUGAGUAGUGCUGAACUUGCCACAAGCGUGAAAGAGGGUGAAUUUGUUGUGAUUUCCCUUUGUAAUCUCCUGUCCUGUUUCAUGUUGCAGAGAUUACAUCUGCUUUAUACUGUUUCAAAUAAAAGUU